AUGGCCUUUACAUAUAUCAAUUUAGUACUCCUGUCAAUCUCCAUUUUCAUCUCAAUUUUCCCUGAAACCUCAAUUUCUGUUGACAUUGAAAGGGGUUUCCUCCAAUGUUUUUCAUCAGGUUUAGAACAUUCAAACUCAACCGCAGAAGUAAUACUCACCCAGAACAGUUCUUCUUACACAUCUCUUUUGCAAUCUUCCAUAAGGAACCUCAGAUUUUUAAACAGUUCAGUCCCAAAACCUAAGCUUAUUGUCACUCCACGACACUUAGGCCACAUUCAAAGAGCAAUCACUUGUUCAAGGAAACAUGGCCUGCAAGUGAGAGUUCGAAGUGGGGGGCAUGACUAUGAGGGUCUUUCUUACGUCUCUGAUGUUCCAUUCCUGAUCAUUGAUCUCAUAAACUUUAGGUCCAUAAGCAUUGACAUCAAUGAUGAAAGUGCAUGGGUUGAAGCAGGUGCAACUCUUGGAGAACUCUAUUAUGCUAUUGCAAAAAAAAGUAAUGUCUAUGGCUUCCCAGCUGGUAGUUGUCCCACUGUUGGUGUAGGAGGCCACUUGAGUGGUGGUGGAUUUGGCACAAUUUUCAGAAAAUAUGGCCUUGCAGCUGAUAAUGUAAUUGAUGCUGAGAUGGUAGAUGUUAAUGGCAACAUAUUAAAUAGAACUUUGAUGGGGGAGGAUCUCUUUUGGGCCAUAAGAGGUGGUGGAGGAUCAAGCCUUGGAAUCAUUACUGCAUGGAAAGUUAAGCUUGUUCCUAUUCCCCCAACAUUGACAAUUUUCAAUGUCCCAAAAACCCUAGAACAAGGUGCCAGUAGCCUUUUCCAAAAAUGGCAAACUAUUGCUGACAAGCUUCCUAGUGAACUUUUUCUUCACUCGGUUAUGGGGGUUGACAAUUCAUCUUACAAUAGUGGAAGAAAAACUGUUGUGGUUUCUUUCACUGGAUUAUACCUAGGGAAAGCUGAGAAGCUACUUCCUUGGAUGCAAAACAAUUUUCCUGAGCUGGGUUUGCAUCUCAACAACUGCACUGAGAUGAGUUGGAUUCAAUCUGUUCUUUAUUUUACAGAUUAUCCAAUCAAUGGACCCUUGGAGAUCUUGCUUCACAGAAACCAAACAUUUAGAAGCUUCAAAGCAAAAUCUGACUACGUUACAGACCCAAUUCCUGUGGCAGGUUUGGAGGGGUUGUGGAACAUGUUGCUUGAAGAGAACUCACCAAUAUUAAUCCUAACACCAUAUGGAGGUAGAAUGAGUGAGAUUUCAGGAUCAGAAACUCCGUUUCCACAUAGAAAUGGGAGCAUAUAUGGUAUCCAGUAUUUGGUAUACUGGGACUCAAAUGAAGAAACACCAAAGCAUAUAGAUUGGAUGAGAAGGUUAUAUGCAUACAUGGCACCUUAUGUUUCAAAGUGUCCAAGAGCUGCAUAUUUGAAUUAUAGGGACCUCGAUUUAGGAGUGAACCGAGGCAAUACAAGCUAUGAAGAAGCAAAGUCUUGGGGUUUGAAAUAUUUCAAGUUUAACUUUGAAAGAUUGGCACGUGUAAAGGCUGAAGUUGAUCCUAGUAAUUUCUUCUGGCACGAGCAGAGCAUUCCACCUUUGUUUAAUUAAGUGCAGAGGAAGUAUGCAGAAAUUUGGUUGAGACAAUAUAGGCAAAAUUUCGACCACAUUACAAAGAUUUGAAAAUUUCUGGG